AUGCAUUCGCGAUUGCCCCAGAGCGCCCUCCUCCAACCAUGCCAUGCCCUCACUUUCCUUGCCCUCCUCUCGAUCGCCCUGCUUUGCGCUCCCGUCAACGCGACUGUUGAUUACGACACGCCGUCCCUGUCACGCGACAUCGCCGAAGCCGCUGCCAACGCCGCUCAGAAGCCGUUCACGCACCCCCGCCCGGCCAGCCUCACCCCGGACGACGAUGCCGCACCGGCAGCCGCAAUCCCUCCCGAGAGCGGCGGGGAGGUGCACUGGCCUCUGAACCCGCUGGAGGAGCUGCACAACGCGCUGGAAACGAUGCAAUCGCGCUACUUCGAGCUGUGGCUCGGCCAGUGGCCGUCGGCCAUCGACUGGACCGCGGCCGUCAUGUCCACCUUCGUGUCGGCGACGCUGCACUCGCUCACGCGCUCGCUCGAGUACGUGCUGCCGGGCGCGGAGCGGCCGGCCGUCGACGGCCAGCGCAUCGAGAACGAGAUCGGGCGGUAUUUCUCGCAGUCGGUGGCGUACUACUUCGGCGAGGACGCCUUCAGCCUGCGCAUGCAGGCCUACGACGACAUGCUGUGGGUCGUGCUCGGCUGGCUCGAGAGCAUCAAGUUCAUCGACGUGCACGCCCGCCGCCACUACGGCCACCACCGCGACGCCCGGCACGGCUCGUGGUACGGCGCGCAGUUCGCGCCCGGCUUCGCCCACCGCGCCCACAUCUUCUACAACAUCGCGUCCGCCGGCUGGGACACGGAGCUGUGCGGCGGCGGCAUGACGUGGAACCCGCGCCUGACGCCGUACAAGAACGCCAUCACGAACCAGCUCUUCAUCUCGGCCUCGAUCGGCAUGUACCUGUACUUCCCCGGCGACGACAACUCGUCCCCGUUCAUGGGUCAGAGUCAGAGCGCUGGCGGCAGCGGCGGCGGCGGCGACGAUGGUGAUGGCGGGCUGCCCACCGCCCGCCCACACGACGCCCGCUACCUCGCGGCCGCGGUGAGGGGCUACGAGUGGCUGCGCGGCAGCAACAUGACCAACGACCAGGGGCUGUACGUCGACGGCUUCCACAUCACCGACUGGGGCAAGAACGGCACCAUCGGCACGGGCAAGUGCGACGAGCGCAACGAGAUGACGUACACGUACAACCAGGGGGUGCUGCUGUCGGGCCUGCGCGGCCUGUGGGAGGCCACCGGCGAGCGCUGGUACCUGGAAGACGGCCACGAGCUCGUCCGCAACGUCAUCAAGGCCACGGGCUGGGCCGAGCACGAGGAGCGGCGGCGGCGGCGGCAGCGGCGGCAUCGUGGACGAGGACGGGGUGGCGGUGGUGGUGACGGGGGCCGCCAUCAUCGUCCUCAUCACAGCGAGGAUGAAGAUGACGACGAGGAGGUAGUAGUGGAACUCGACGAUGAAAGGGAGACGCGAGAAGACCCGAGCAAAUGGCACGGCAUGGGCCGCGCCGGCGUGCUCGAGGAGCAGUGCGACGCCGCCGCCAGCUGCAGCCAGAACGGCCAGACGUUCAAGGGCAUCUUCUUCCACCACCUCACCCUCUUCUGCGAGCCGCUCCCGCUCCGCGCCCGCGUCCCCGGCGGCAUCACCCACGGCGCCGACCCCGCCACCGCCUCCUUGCACCGCCAGAGCUGCAAGGAAUACGCCACGUGGGUCGCGCACAACGCGCGCAUGGCGCUGCGCUCGAGGGACGCCGAGGGCAGGUUCGGCAUGUGGUGGGGUGCUGCUGCUGCUGCGAAUAGUGAUGGUGAUGAUGAUGAUGAUAUUGUUGUUGAGGUUCCGCCGCUGCCGGUCGGUGCGGUGGAUUACAGGAACGAUGAGGAAGUGUUGCUGGGUGGUGGGUUGUGGUUGCCGAUCAGGGAUUAUGAUUGGAGCAGCAACAACGGCGGCGGCCCGCCGAAAGUGGGAGACGGGUUGCCUUCGUUCAUGGAGUUUGGUGAUGAUGAUGCUGUUGUGGCUGGAGGUAAGGCUACUGGCGGGAGUGUGUCGUCGUCGUCGUCGUCGUCGAGGCUGACGUCGUCGAUGAAGGUGAGGAAGAGCGGUGCGGAGGUGAGGGAUAAGAACGAUAGAGGUAGAGGACGGACGGUUGAGACGCAGGGUGGCGGCGUGGCGGUCGUUAGGGCGUUGUGGGAAUUUGUUAAUAUGUAUAGGGAGUGA